UGUUUUUUUAAGCUUAAAAUAAGAUCUUUAAGUGUCACAUAUUAAUACAGUUCAGCAAACACAAAAUAGUCCUGAACGGAUUGAAGGAACUUUGUUGGUGUUAGUACUAGCACGAAUCUUAAAGCCAAUCGUACGGAUCAGGCUGGCCAGAACAUCAAAGCCCAAGCCCUAAACCCUGCGCCUCCGACCGCCGCCUUCUCUUCCUCGCCGUCUUCGCCCUCGCCGCCCCGCUUCCGGAGCCGACUCCAACGGCCGCCGCUAUGUCGAAGAAAGGAGGAAGAAAGAAAACAGCGGCCGCCGGUGCUGGGGACGAGCUGUCCCGCUUCCUGCAGCCGCACCUCCAGACUAUCUCGGACACCCUCCAGUUGAUGGCGGACGCGGCUCCCUCGGGAUUGGAGCGGACGGAGUGGUCGGAGGUCGUCCAGCUCGGCGACCUGGUUUACAGGCAGGCCACUGUCGCUGGGAUGGUCUGGAGUGGAGACUUGCCUGAUGUAGAAACACUGAAGGAGAACAUUGUUGCUUAUUUCAACGUCUUACAGGGUUUCCUUUUGGCUUGCCAUGGAAGCACAGUUGGUGCUGGUCCUACUCUCCACAAGUAUAUCUCUAGUUUUGCGAAGAGCGUGGUAGAUUCCAGCAUCUCAUUGUUCAAGCUAGCUGUCUCUGCUUACGAAUCUGGCAAGCCUGAUCGAAAAACAAUUAUACCUCCGGUGACAGGAACUGUAUGGGAAGCGUGUCUUGCUCUUAAAAAGGUUCCUACGACCAACUGUACUGCCAUAGGGCGAGCUAUGACCCAGAUAUGCUUAUGUUUGAAGGAUAUUCUCCGGGAGAUGAAAGAGCUACCAAUCGGUGAUUCUGGUGAUAUCACAGCUGAAAAAUCAUCUAAUGGAGAUGUUGACAUCAGUUCGGACAAAGAUGAAUCGUCAUCUGAUCUCGAGGUAGAUGAUGAAUUCUCUGAGGAGGAGAUUGCCAUUGCCAAGAUGAUUACCGCAGUGACAUCAGAUUCGCUGGUUGUGGUGAAAGAGGCAAUUCGUUUCAUUACCAGUUUGCUCAAGAGCUCUGGUAACCAACGUGAUGCUAGUGAGGAUAAGGUUGAGUCGAUGGAAAAUUUGCUGAGCUGUUGCAGGGAGAUUGCUGAGCAGAUUAACGAUCUUGGGGCUUCCGUGUAUACGCAAGAGACAUCCGAAAUGAAGUCCGCCAUAAAAGGACUAUACAAUGGUAUCAAUGGGAUGCGCAAGGAAAUAGGGGACCUCGGUGGCUCUCCUGAGAAUAUCUUUGCAGCCUUUGGAGGAUUUGAGAAGUCGCUGGGAGCUCUCGAGGAAAAGAUUGAUGAGGAUGUAGUAAACGAAAUGGAAAACCUUACCAUCUGCCGGUCAUGAUUGCUGAGAAAAGAUGGCUCAUAUUCGUGGUAGCAAUGUUGUAAUCUGUCUUCUAGUUCUGAGCUGUGGAGCUUCUGUUGCUGAACGAAAUGAUGAUUGCGUAGUUCUUUUCCAGUGUAAAAAAAGUGCUUACUGCUUAGUCUACUCUGUUGCAAUUGUUGGGUGUGUUGAGUAAGUUUCACUAGUUAUAUUGUUACAAGAGUGAUACCAGAUGAAUCGGUGAUGUACAAGUUCAUGCUGUGUAUUCUGCUGGGGUUGGUAAAGCUGGAAAAAUUCCGGGUGGGUUGUAGUUAUGCUAUGUUGCGUCAAGAAAUCUCAUUUGUGAACUGGAACCAGCUGGGGGACUACUUAUUA